UCUAACUGAAUAUUGCAUCUAAAAAAUCGCAGUAAGAGAAGAGCACAUGACCUUAUUUAUGAAUGGCACCUCUAUAAAUUCUGUCUGGACUCAUUAACGGUGGAUUUCUCACCGGAAUGUUUAGGCCCGUGCGCAAUGUUGUUGGGACAGCUUGCCACUACAGCCACACGUUUGCUUUGAUGUUUUUACAAUGUUUGUCCAGUUGCUUAGUGCAUGGUGUUGCUUCAUAAGAGUUUCAGACACUGGACGAGCAUGGGGGCGGUCAGAGGGGCUGCCCUUUCCACCUCCAUUCACACUAUGAAAGGCUGAUGUUGCGUCUUUCUCUCUCAUUGUGCACUUGCGUUCGCUUAUUUCGCUGUUCGGGGAAAUCGACCUGAAUGGGAGUUUGUCUAUUGACGCAAGGGUUUUUGUUUUGAUUAUUAAGGCGCAUAUUCCAAGCAAAACAACUGGGAUUUUAUGGCUUUUCUGGAGUAAAUUGGAAUAUAUUCUGCUCAGUGGAAGUCCAGCGCAUACCCGUCUUAAUCCUUGAGAUUGCAACCUCCCUGUGCGCUGCAAACUGAUCUUCACAACGUUUACGCACAAAAUGGACGACCACGUUUAACAAUGGAAUUUUAACUUACUUCGAAUUAAAGGACUUAAGGACCUGAAGGAGGAAUGGAUUUACUCGGUGGGCAACUCAUGCAAAAGAGUCAUUAUGUAUAAAUACCCUCUAAAACUUUCGGAGGAUAGAUGUAUAAAGAGUCAAAUUUGGCAUGAUGCAUCUAACUCAAAUAAACUAGUAUUACGCUGGAUACGUGCGUAUUUCUUCAUGUUAUGCGUUUGCAAAGUACCAGAACUUUCUUUGUGUGCAAGUGUGGCAGGAUCCAAAGUUGAACACGAAGGAUUUUGUCCCAACAAGCUGAAUUCAAAUCUGUGGGUUGAUGCGCAAAGCACCUGCGAGAGAGAAUGCGAGGUCGACGAGGACUGUGCUGGCUUUGAGAAGUGCUGCACCAACGUGUGUGGCCUCAACAGCUGUGUGGCUGCGCGUUUCUCAGAUGGCACCCCUGCCCAGCCAGACGGCCAGGGAGGAGGAGAAGGAGGUGAUGCCCCAGCCAUCACGGCUACCUGUGAGGGCUUCAUCUGCAGCCAGCAGGGAGCAAUAUGUGACAUCUGGGACGGACAGCCUAUCUGCAAGUGCCAGGACCGGUGUGAGAAAGAGCCCAACUUUACCUGUGCUUCAGACGGCCUCACUUACUUCAACCGCUGCUACAUGGACGCAGAGGCCUGCAUCAGAGGGGUGACUUUAACUGUGGUCGCCUGCCGCUUCUACCUAGCUGGGCCCAACACCAGCCCACUUCCGCAGGACACCACGGCUAACCCCACCCCUACAUCCUUGCCGGAGGACCCCUUACCCCCCACACUGUACUCCAACCCUCAUCACCAGUCCAUCUACGUGGGAGGCACAAUCAGCUUUCACUGUGACGUCGUUGGAGUCCCACGACCUGACGUGACCUGGGAGAAGCAGAGUGAGAGGCGUGAACGUCUGGUCAUGAGGCCUGACCAGAUGUAUGGCAAUGUUGUUAUCACCAACAUCGGUCAGCUUGUAAUCUACAAUGCCCAGGUGUGGGAUACAGGUAUCUACACGUGCAUUGCCCGGAACUCUGUCGGAGUUCUUCGAGCAGAUUAUCCGCUGUCUGUCAUCCGGCGGGCUGAUGAUGAUUUCUCUGAGGACCCUGAGAUGCCCAUGGGGCGGCCCUUCUCCCCAGCAGACUGCCUGGCUGAAGUAGAUGUGAGAGUGUGCAGUAGUGAGCGCCAUGUUGAUUGGUAUUAUGACGGUAAGCUGGGUUCCUGCAUGGCCUUCAGCAAUGGUGGAUGUGAUGACAGCCGCAACAGAUUUGAGACUUUCGAAGAGUGCAAGGCAUCCUGUCAGAGGGAGGGGAUGGGGAUCUGCUCCUUGCCUGCAGUCCAGGGUCCAUGCAAGGCCUGGGAACCACGAUGGGCCUGGAACUCCGUCAUGAAACAGUGCCAAGCCUUUAUUUAUGGUGGCUGCCAUGGGAACGCGAACAGUUUCCCCACCAAGAAGGAGUGUGAGGCUAACUGCCCUCAAGCCAAAAAGAAACCAUGUAAGACGUGCCGGGUGAAAGGAAAAAUGGUGCCAAGCAUAUGUCGGAGUGACUUUGCCAUUGUGGGGCGUCUGACAGAGCUGGUGGAGGAUCUGGACUCUGGGUUAGCCCGCUUCAGCCUGGAGGAGGUCCUGAGGGAUGAAAAGAUGGGCUUGACUUUCUUUAACACCAAACACCUUGAGGUGACUAUUGCCAAGAUAGACUGGAGCUGCCCCUGCCCAAACAUCACCAUGGAGGAGAACCCUCUGCUGGUGAUGGGCGUUGUGCAGGAUGGCAUGGCCAUCAUUCAGUCGGACAGCUACGUGAGAGCUAUAACCGAACGCAGACUCAAAAAGAUACGAGAGAUUCUGGGCAAAAAGACUUGUGAGGCAUUGUGAAAGUCCAUUGACUCAAACCUGUUAGGACUGGCAUCUCAACUGUAACAUGGAGAGCUGAUACACUGUGCAAAAAGAACGAAACAGAAAUACGUUCAAAGUGUGUUUUCAUGAAAUUAUGGAAGGUCAUUUGUGUAUUCAUUACAGCACAGGUUGUUUACAUUCCAAAUGUGUUGAGUCCUGAAGCAGAAAUGCUCCUUUUUUAAAGUUUAUAUUUUUCCUUUGUA